CAGGGAAGUCCCUGCCCAUUUUUAAAUUGGAUUGUUUGUCUUCUUAUUAUUGUUAAGAGCUGUUUAUACAAAUUGAUCCAAGUCUUUUGUUGGAUAUGUGAUUUGCAGGUAUUUCCUUCCAGUCCUUGUCUUGUGUUUUCACUUAUUAACGAUGUCUUCUGAAGUGCAGAGGUUUUUAAUACUGAUGAUGCCACACUUAUCAAUUUCUUGUAUUGCUUGUGCUUUUGGUGUUAUAUCUAAGAAUCUUUGCCUAACCUGAAGCCAUGAAGAUACAGUUGUUUCCUUCCAAGCGUCUAUAGCUUUAGACCUUACCUUAAGGCCUGUGAUCACUUUAAUUUCUGUAUAUGGUAUAUAAUUUUGUAUAUGAUGAGAUAAGGGUGUAAAUUAAUCUUUUUUGCAUGUGGAUAUCCAACUGUCCCAGGAACAUUUGUUGAAAACGAACAAAAAAAUGACUCUUUCCCCCAUUGAAUGGCUGGGGCGCUUUUGUUGAAAAUCUCAACCAUUGUGUUUAAUUUCCCAGCUUUCUCUUUCUCUCUCCUCUUGCUCAUCGUGGUGGUUGGCAGACUGGUAGAAUAUGAUGUUAACCGCAUUUCUGCGUGUAUAACUGCAUCAUCAUAGUUUCCAAGAGCCAGCGGCUAUGUGACCAUUGGUCAAAGACAAGAUGGUCUACCCGAGUAGCAGCUGCCAUCUGCCAGCUGUGUGAUUUGGGUCAAGUUUCUUAAUUGCUCCCUGCCUCAGUUUCCCCACCCGUGAACCAGGGGUGCUAAUAACUCCUUACCUCAACGGUUACUGUAAAAAAGUUAAGCGGAGGGCAGCCCACACAGUUGACAUUAGUUGUUCCGUUGAUGCAGCGGUGUUUCUGAUGACCAGCAUUACUUUGGGCUAAAAUUGCUCAGCCUGGCUCCGCACAUCCUAAAAUAAAGCAGGGAAGGGAUACCCACACAGUUGAGGGGCGCUCCGUGCAGACCGCAGUGCCUAGGAAGCAGCUCCCGUAGCCCACACAUCUGGCCGUUUUUGACAUCACCUUCAAGUGAUACUCAUUUUUGGUGUGAAUGCACCUUCUUUAGGAAGGCCUGGCAGAGCACGUGUCCCUGAGUGAUGCCAAAGAGAUGUGAAAAAAGAAAUACCACUAACUUAACCUCCUCUCUGGUUUGCACUGAAUUCUAGUACAAGCAUGCACGUCAGCACACUCACCCACACUCACCUCCCCCUACACACACACACACACACACACACACACACACACACACACACACCCCUUUCCUGGCAGGCUCCUCCUCCUUUACCGCCUCCUCCUUUCAUUUGUAAGUAGCUCCCUCCAGAGGGCCAGACAUUUGCAUCACCCCCACGUGAACCCUAACUUGUCUCCGAAGGUGGGGUCUUAACCCCAGCACUGGACAUCUGGAGCCUGGUCCCUGUUUGUCGUGGGGCCGUCCUGGAGGGAGGGGGGUGUAGCACCCCCCCUUCCAGCUGUGACAACCAAAACUGUCUCCAGACAUGGCCACAUGUCCCCCCGGGAAGCAAAACCACACCCCACUGAGAACAGCUGCCCUGCCGGGUCUCAUUAAAGGCGUAUGAGACAGAGAUCGGGAGCCGGAGAACAGACCCUCGUGGGCAGGUGUCAGGAGAGUGAUCUGGAGGGUCACGUGCCCCGGCCUGUCCUGCACUCAGAGCCCCCUGUGCCUUGUCUCCAGGGCCUCACUGUGCUCGGAACGCUCUGGGCAGCGCUGUGCAUCUUCCUGCCCUGUGGGCUUGCCGUGAAACGGCCGUAGCACCUGUGGCUCCUCGGCCCUGGUGCCCUGGAACCUCCACUCUUGGUUCACACCACCUUCUCUCCGAAGCCGUGUCUGCAAAGGCCCCCGACAUGAAAGGAAACGCAGAGAGAGCCCCUUGGCGGAGCCCCAGUCCCGACAACAAAGCCUUGCUUUUGAGGCAGAAGCACCAAUUGCUACACGUCCGAGAGAAAGGAGACCUGCCGCCGCAGAGGAGACAGGACCUCUAGCAGUGCAAGAGCUCCCAGCGCUUGGCCGAGGAGCUGCAGGCAGAGCAGCAGGAGGCCCCAGGCCAGCAGGUCCGAGGCCUGGAGAGGCUGUACUUAGCACAUCUGUUGGAGGGGAGGCGGUCGGGCAGACUGGCCGAGGACCAUGAACCUGACUCAGAGGGCUCGACCCAGCCAGGAGCAGCCAGGUCGCCCAGGGCCGAGAGGAAGCACACAGUGGCCGUGCGGCAAGAGAAGGGACACAGGGAAGAGCUGGUCUGACGGCAGCCCUGGUGCACCACGUCCCGGAGAAGAGCGGUGGACCAGGAGAGGCAGGGAGCCUCCAGAGCCACGGGCCUGAGUCCUCGUCCCCUGAGCCCACCAGAGAGGAGUAAAGGAAAACACGUGCCUUCAACGAAGACCGGCGGGGGCCACCGUCCCAUUGACCCUGGGCUGAGCAGAGGGACAGACUUGGGAAAGCUCUUGGCUGCUGUAGGGGAGAUCAAAUGCGUGGAGGAACGGGAGCCGAAAACAGCCCAGGACGGCAGGAGGCAGCUGGGGAAGCGAACGGCUUGUCUUCAAGGCCCGAAAAACCACUGUUUGGAUCAGAGCCCCGAGGGCAAAGCCGACGACCUGGAACAGCUGUGGCCAGUCGGCUCGACCUGCAGAAGGGGGGCCUCACCGCUGGCAAAGCUCUGUGACAAGAGCAGGUGGUAGGGAGAGCUGGAGUUUGCCUCUGAAGAGUUGUUUGAUACCAACCGGAAGCUGAGAAAACACCUGCACUUGCACCUGGAUCUCAAGCCCGGGAUGGAUCAGAGCCCCAGUGAAGAACAGGGCUUUGAGGAGACACAGGCGUGGAGAAGGGAGAGCCAGAGAAAGAGGAACGCAAGAGAUGCAGAGAUGGACGUGGUGCCCGCCGGGGAGCCCGCGAGUCCAGCGGGGGUGGACGCCCACCUGACGCCGUCCAGAACCAGCUUGAAAAAGUUACUAAGCAAGCCCAGGAACCAAAAAUCCCAUAGGAUGGCCAAGUGCGUGGUUGAGAAUGACAGUAAACCGUGGUCUCCCGAGGCAGGGACAUCUGUCGAUGAAGAGAACCUGCUCUCGUGCAGCCCCGAAUCCAGACAGGAGCCUCCCCGACCGGGCGCGCUGGUGCAGGGCUCCCUUCAGCUUCACCCGCAAGAACAGGCAGACAGAGGUGGCUUGACGGCAUCAAGGCAGAAGCAGAAAAUGCAGGUGGAGCAGAGAGCACCAAAGCAGCUGGACUCGCUCAAGCAAAUCAGACACCCCAAGAUGAGCUUGGAGGCCGACCUCCAGACGGAGCUGGAAGAUGGGAGGAGGGAACAGAGGCAAGCUUCUCUGGCUCAUCGGAAGCCUGACUCCCCCUCCAGACAGGAGAAGAAAGGAGGGUAUGACCGCAGCCCCACUUCCCCCUCGGCCAGCAUCGUCGACGAUGACGGGCACAGUCAGAUGAUCCGUGACCUUCAACAGCAAAUUCUAGAGCAAAACAAGUUGCACAAGCAGCUUCUUGAAGAAGCCAGGAAAUGCUUGUGAGAGUUUCAGGGAAUAUGUUAAAAGCGAGAGUCCUGCCCCUGGUAAAUGCAUCACUGAUAACUGAGCGUUCUGCCAGAGCUGGCACCCAAGUCUGUGCGAUUGUAUUUGCACCAUCUGCUCAGAAACCUGUAGCCUCUUUAAAAUGGGCCGUCAGUCAUCCUUCCAUCCUUUGGAGCGAAUUCCUCUGCAGGAAUCAUACUUAUUGCCAGUCUCACCUUUAAAACUAAGUCCAAUUCAGGAAGACUCCUUAGCACGAACAUGUGGGGCGCGGUAGGAGGGUCUGGCCAUUGUAGCACAAAGGUGUGUCCCGGAGCUGAGGCUGUUUCCACGUGCCACAGCACAGAUGGAAACACCAGGUACAUUUAAGUGCUUCAGAUGUUUUGGCGAAAUGAACACUGGACUUUGAGGGGCAUGCAAGGUCAGACGGGCGCAGUUUCAAAAGAUACAUCAUUUGUUGCUUAGCCAGUGGCUGAGACGUUAAUGGAGAGAUUUAACAAAAAUCUUUUAGUUUUUCAAACCAACAUCAUUUAAUAGGACAUCAGUAACAUUCUUAUAAUUUUAAUAUUAGAAAGCAGGAGGGGGAGAGGGAGGGAAAGAAGGGGGUGGAAGCAAGAGGCAGAAAGAGGAAAGAGAGAGAGAAAGGGGAAAUGGUUCCCAGCAACUCAGCCCUAUAGACUCCUUCUGGGGCUGGCAGUGCUGGGGGAACCAGGGUGUCUGGUAGGUUCCCUACCCUCCAGCUUUACCUCUGACCCAGAAGCCUUGGCAGUCGUGGAGACCCUACACUGGGUGGGGUUUUAUCUGCCUGUUGCAUACUUAGGGGUUGGAAUGGGGGUGGACGAACCUUUUCCGCAAAGAGCCAAUAGUAAAUAUUUUAGGCUUUGCUGGCCAUACGGCCUCCGGCAACUACUCUACACCUGCCUUUGCAGCUGGAAGACAGCCACAGACAACACAUAAAUGAGUGGUGUGACCGAGUUCCAGUAAGACUUUUAUUUACAAAAAUAGGUGGUAGGCAGGCUUUGGCCCUUGGGCCAGAGCUAACUGACCCCUGGACUUAGCAUAUGAAGGAGAUGUUCCUUCCCUC